AUGUCUUCAGAAAAUAAGGAAAUAAUUGAGGAUAAAAUUUACAGAUAACAAAACCAAAUGGAUUAGUUAGCUAGAAAAUCUUUUAUAAUGAAAAAGAUAGAAUAGCCAAAAGAUGAACAUGAAUUGUAAUUACUUAAAAGAAUUCAAAAGUAUUUAUCUACUACUAUUUAGAAAGAGCCCGCUAUGAAAGAGAAGAAACGAAAAUUAUUUAAUCUCAUAGGAUUUCAUCUCCUUAAUUUUGGCAAGUCUUCAUGAAAAGACAUUAUGAUUUAGGUGCUUGGCUUCUAUUAGAUGUAACAACUAAUUUUGCUUUGUAAUUAACUAACUUUAAUUUUAUUAGAUAUUUUUUUGAUACAAUAAGAGUCAGAACAUAAGCUUAAAAUAAGUAUAUGGAUAUUUCUCAUUUUAAUUAAAAUAAUGUCAAAAAUCUUCCAAUCUAUUCUGGACUCCAUUACAAAUUAUCAUACAUAAUACUCAGUGAUAUACUACGUAAUUUCACUAAUAAAGUCCGAUAUCAAAUGUUUAUGGACCCCUCUUCCCAAUUCUAUGUAUAUACGUAUCUUUAUUUUUGAGAACUACAAUUAAUUAAGCAAAAUUUUGAUACAAGGAUUAAUUGCAGAAACAACUAUCACAACUCUCUUAUUACCUAUAGAAAUUAGAAAGAUGAUAGUCUAAAUGGGUUCAUUUGAUGCUAACUUAAAUCAUUACUUAAAAUCUUAUAUGAGAUGCUAUUUCCCAGCUUUAAUUAGAGACUCUCUCUUCUUUGUAAGUCAUUCUAUUACAUAUAAUCUACUUAUGUAUGGAGAUCAUUAUUUAUCUGCACUUUUCAGAUCUGGAGAAUUCACACCACCACCUGUAAUUCUCUAAAAUCAUAAAUAUAUUUUUAGACCAUCUUAAGAGGUGAAAGAGAAAGGAAAUUUACAUGUAUCUUAGGUUCACUAGGAGUAUCCAUUUUACUCACAAAUCCAUUUGAUGUUUUGGUUACUAAAUUAGCUACCCAAAGAAAUGUAUAUCAUUUUUAAUAAAUUCAGGAAACUUAUACGAAUCCAUUCUAAGCUUUCAAAUUUAUUGUUUCUUAAGAAGGAUGGUCUAAAAUUAUUGCUAGUGCAAUAUCUUAAAGAAUUGGUUUCUACUUCCUUAAAGGACUAGUGUUCUUUAGCUAUUAAGAUCGUGUGUAUUAAAUGUUCCAUGACGCAUUUAGUUAUGAAUGACUUUUCUGUAUCAGCUCAAACAUAUUCAAAAUAAUAUCAUAGCC